AUGAAGAGAGAAUUGGGGCUGAAUGCAAGCACUGUUGUUGCUUGGAACAGUUAUUUGAAAGAGGUCUGUCUUUAUAUGGAGAAAAAGGAGGAAAAUAAAAUAGGAGGAAAAAGGUUAACAGUUGAAGUGGAUGAAACCCUCUUUUCGCGAAGAAAAUAUAAUUGUGGCAGAAUCCUACCGCAGCAAUGGUGUUUUGGAGAAAUUUGCAGGGAAACAAAGGAGUGUUUUGUGGGGCCAGUUGCAAAUAGAGCUUCAGAAACGCUAAUGAAAGUUUUGAAAAGAAGAGUGCUUCCAGAAACACUCAUUAUUUCUGAUAUGUAA